GCGCCGUACUGUUUUCUCUCUAGGUUAUGUUUGGUGGUAUUCGCAAUGCGAUACGCCGCAAGCGCGUCUUCAAUGCUGACAAAAGAAACGACUAUUUAGUAAACACGUUAGAAAUUUGUUAAUCGUUUAAAAGCCUUUAGAAAAUAAUACAAGACUUAAUAGUAUUUGUGUUUGUUCAGUUACAAAGCUGUUUUUCUACUAAACACAUUCAAUGUUUACUAACACACACCAGUAUUCUAUAUCUUAUGAUUAUUCAUCCAUUUUUGCAGGAAAUUUUACAAACAAUUUCCAUCAAAUUUAUGAACAGAGCUUAUAAAAGAUAAUUUAAAUUAUGGAUGAGAUCGAAUAUAAAUUAAAAUCACAAGAUCCUACUUUAAUAUCACAUGCGAUAUCCAAGCUUGUUCAGAUAAUCAUAGAAAAGUCAAAGCUAGAAAAGGAUAUUGCAAAAAUAUCAGAAUUUCAAAUACUCACUUUAAAGUGCAAGAGUGAUGACUCUGUAGUCAGUACAUCAGCCUGUCAAGCAUUGAUUAUAUUUGUUGAAGCUGGAUUAUACACUUCUAAGUCUGCGAUAGCAACUUUCUUAAGUGUGUGUUCUUCAACCAAUUAUGAAUCAAUCACUGUAGCUGUGAGUGAGCUGUUAAUGUUGGACUACAAGAUGCACAAUCAGCCCAGUGAAUAUAAUCUUGAAGCAUCUACUCAGCAUCCAUUUAUUACAAUCUUGAAUCAGGAAAAGUAUAGUUGGAGAGCAGUGCUGAUUCAAAUGAAGCAAAUAAUGCAUCAUAAUGAUAACGAACUCGUGGAGCUCUUGCGGCCUGUAUUCCUGUAUAUACUAUGCAAUCCUUCUACAGAUUUGGACGACGGCUUUAAACAACAAGCAUGGCAACUUGUGAUCGAAACUAGUGACGCUUCCAAUUUAAAAGUAGAGAUUUUACUCUGGCUGUGCGUUAAUCAAACACACAUUUGUAUCGAUAUGAAUUGUAGAGUGCUCGAGCUUGCAGAGAGAUCAUUGCUAAAGAAAGAUAUCAAAUAUUGUACAGCACUGGUGCCUCUGAUCACGUCUUUGACGAUCAAUUUCUUGGAGUAUGGUUAUCAUCCGGCGCAAAAUUUGUCUAUGAUACUUGAUUUAAUCGAGCAGUGUUGUGACGACUAUAUUGGAGACAUCAUGAUUAUUUUAAUGGCAGAAAUUAUUUUAAUAUGUCCAGCCACUUAUUUGUCGAAAGUUUUUAAUAUAUGUAGAGUUAUCAUGGACAAGAUGCCGUGCAACGUUAUAUUACUACACGCUCUAGCUGCAGCCUUGCUAAAAUGGCUAGCUUAUCCGUCAAUGUUGUGCCAAGACUUGUUACCGGUGGCGAAGGAAUUGAUAAACAGGAUUUUGCAACAGAAAGACACUGAUAGUUAUCACGUCGGCGACAACACUGUUCCGAACGAGUUGCUCCUUACGCUCAGCCACAGCAACAACCAUAUUCGAAUCUACACAGAACUCGUCCGCAAUCUAUACUCUCUGGAGAGUGAUGUCGAGUCUUGGUUGGAGAAUUUCGCGCUCGCACCGGUCGAUCUCGGUUACAUGUGCAAAUUGAUCCUAUGCGGGAUCUUCUUGCACAGCAGCGAGUUCCGCGUCGUGCAGAAAUCCUGCCAGAUUCUUGUGAAAAUGGUCCAUGAAAUCAACUCCUUCGCAUCGCACAUGCUGUCCUUACUGCUGCACAAACUGACGAAAACCAACGACAGCGUUACGUCCAAAUAUCUGCUGCUGUCUCUCCCGGAAUUUGUCGUGUACAAAGAGAACUUGCGGAUCGUCAUUCACACAUUGAACUCGCUAUUGAGCAGCGAUAAGUCCCUGCAAUACUUCGCGGUUCAGCUGUAUGUAAUGACAUUGAAAAAGGAACCACGUUGCCAACGUUUUGUGUCCGACGCGUUGAUAGAUCUAGCCAAGGAGAGUGGCCACAGCUGGCACUCGGAUGUAGCAUGCGCCCGGGCGAUAAAGUACGUCUGCGAGAGCCGGCCUGAACUCUGCACGGACUUCGUGCCGCUGCUGUCUCAGAUCUUGAAUCGCUGCUACGACUUGAACGGUGGCGCGGCCAGUGCGCUCGCGCUCGACAGCAUCUCGUUAUUGUGCGAGGCUGCUAUAAUAGGUGUUUGUUCAACGUGGAAGUUGUUGGCACCGAAAAUGCGUAAGGAGAAGCGCACGGUAAUCUUGGAAAGUCUCUGCGGCCUCUUUACGGACGUUCCUUCCUUCCCAUUCAAGUCAGACGACGACUACGAGAGCUUCUUCGUCGAUGUGGUGCCGCUUCUAUGGAGCUACGUGGUCGGCCGGGACAUGAGGGUCGCAGAGUCGGCGCUCAAGGCGUUGAAGUCCUACUCCUUCGCGCGAAUUCCCUUAAACGCUUUGCCGCUGGAGUUUCGGUCGAAUGUCACGUUACCUCGCGUGUACUAUGAGAAAGCGGCUAGUAAAGACGUCAAUCCCGAGGACAUAGUGCAAUACGUGCCAGGCGCGUGCUGGAUACAGAUGUUGAAGAACAUAAACAGAAGCAUCCUGACGAUGGCCGGGGAUCUCCUGAUCUCCUAUAUCGAGGAAGAAUUGGGCACUUACAAGUCGCAGAUAUACAAUUGGCCGCAAGGAGAACCAUGUAAUUUUAAAUACUUGCCGGAGAGAAGUGUGAUCAGGGCAGUCGGCGAGCAUUUAAGACGAAGCAAUCCGUCGGACCCGAGUGAGCAGAGGAUUGUUGUGGAAUGUAUGCGUAUAUUCACUCACAAGUACACGAAACCAUUGCCGAAUGUGCAGUGGGAAUUUCUAAGUAAAGCCAUGCAGAUCUCGGAGGUAGCCAAAGAGUACGGUUUAUCUAUUGCGAGCCGUCAUUCGUACAUUUCGUCGUCGGCAAAACUUCUGGUGGAGAAUUGCCUAUCGAAGUACAGGUCGCCGAAUUUCAAGUCUACGUCGGACGUGGGCAUGUUGUUAUUGAAUGAAAAACAUUUGGUGUUUUACACGAAUCUGCACGAGCUGUGCCAAGCCUUCCCGCCGAACGACUUGAAGCACUUCCUCGAGGCUUCUCUCGAUUGCGUAGUCGAGAAAAUAUCACUCAACGACGAGAAAGCGGUCGCUUCGUUUGAUCGUAUCAUGUCUUCUUACGCGACGGUUUUGAAUAGCGACGCGACACACUUAGGCAAUCGCACGCUACUGUAUACCAUACUGAAGAACAUCUUCCAAAACAUCGAUUUAACAUCGAACCAUUUCCACAAAUAUUUCACAACCGUGAUGGAAUUGUCGGUCGAAGAAGUAGAACGAGUGACAUCGCCUAAUAUCUGGUGGGAAGGAACGCCAGAAAAGCUGAGGAACGCUAUAGUUGUUAGGGUCGAAUUGGCCUCGAGGAAAUUUAGCGAGAUGCCUCUCUCUUUGUUGAAUGAACCUAUCGACGUGGUUGCGUCCAGUUCUACAGAGAUGCAGAAAUACUUAUUGGAAGGUAUGCAGAAGGUGCUGGCCGAAUUGAGAUCGGAAAAGUACUGCGUGGAUUGGAUCGUGGAAUUUAUGAGUCGUAUCAACACGCUCAUGUUGGAGUCGCCCGACGAAAAAGACAAGAUCGCUUUUUAUUGUGACAUUUUAUUCAUCUCUGUUAUCUGCUUGUCCGGUAUGGACUGUCUUCUGUCGAAGAAAGAAUUACUAAGUGCUUCGCAAGAUUUCAGGAUACGAUUGUUUCCGCAAGCGAUCUUGAUGCUCGUUAACAAACAAAUUUGGAAAUCCACAACUCGUCAGAUCAUGAAUUGGCUGAAUCACAUGAGGAUCAGUUCCGUACCUGAUGUGUAUAGACUUGCGUUUCAAAGCGCGUUAAUCUUAUUAAGGCAUGAAAAAGACUAUAUCUUACAAUGGACAAAUUAUCUGUCCAUUAAAACUUGCAUCCCAACAUAACUAUACAUAUGUAUAACUAAAUGUAUUUACAAGAGAUAUUUUUGUAUAAAAAAAAGGGAAGAUUAUACGUUCAGUGAAUUAA